UUUUCUUCACAAUCAAUCCAGUCGACCAUUCAGAGGAAAUUCUGCACACGCAAAAUCCACCUGCUACUAAUAAUAGUGUGCUACAUUCAGCCCAUCUGCCUGUUGGUGUAAUCGUAAUUAGUGAGAAAUCUUUGGGACACCCGGUGCUUCUUUACAGAUGAAAACCAUGGAUACAGGCAUCGAGGGCAAGAAGGUUUAUAAACUGGUACUAACGGGAGGUCCUUGUGGCGGUAAAACGACAGGUCAGGCACGAUUGUGUACCUUUUUCGAGAACAUCGGAUGGAAGGUGUUUCGAGUGCCUGAAACGGCCACUGUUCUACUCAGCGGUGGAAUCAAGUUUUCAGACCUGACGACGGAUGAAGAAAAAUCCUGCCGAAAUCCGAAAGAAGAUCCGAAGGUUAUCAAAGAUGGCAUUCCGGAACAUAGUGUUGAUAAAACAGCAUCAUGUCCACGGUGCCUGGCGGCAGCAGCAGACAAACCCAAUGGCAGUGAGGCUUACAAGUUUCAGGAAAAUUUGCUGCGUACAAUGAUCCAAAUUGAGAACACCUUUUUUGAAUUGGGAAAAUCGUGUACCAGAAACUGCUUGAUAAUCUGCGAUCGAGGCGUUAUGGAUGCCAGCGCCUUUGUUUCCAAAGAAAAAUGGGAGAGGAUGAUGAGAACCAACAACUGGAACUCGGUCGAGUUGCGCGAUAACCGAUAUAAUCAUAUUGUCCACAUGGUGUCCGCAGCAAAUGGAGCCGAAGCGUUUUAUUCGACCGAGGAUCACGUAUGCCGCUCCGAGGGUGUUGGCUUAGCACGCGAACUAGAUUAUAAAUCUGCUGCUGCAUGGAUCGGACAUCCCUAUUUUGAUGUGAUCGAUAAUUCGACUGAUUUUGAGAGCAAGGUGAAUAGAAUGAUUGAAUGCGUUUGCCAGAAACUUGGAAUCGAUACAGGCGAUCGACUGUUGACCACCUCUAAGAAAGUUAAAUUUCUCGUUUCCGACCUGCCUGCUGAUACUGCUUUCCCAGCAUUCAAAGACUUUGAGGUUGUACAUAACUAUCUGCAAUCAGCAGGACCUCGAGUUCAGGCUAGGUUGCGAAAACGUGGUCAGAAUGGCCAUUUCAGCUAUAUUCACACCAUACGUCGUCCUCAUCUUCAUGGCCAGUCAAUUGAGGUUAAGACCCAGCUCACACAUCGCGACUACUUAAAUAUGCUAACACAACGUGACGAUGCCCACUUUACAAUCUACAAAAAACGGCGUUGCUUCUUGGUCAACAAUCAAUAUUUCCAGAUGGAUAUUUAUAAAGAACCAACUCAUCCUAGAUGCAAGGGAUUGAUUCUGCUUGAGACCUAUACCUCGUUGACUGGCGAUAAAUUGAAGAGUAUUUUACCACCGUUUUUGAACAUUGUUAAAGAAGUCACAGGCCAUCCUGAUUAUUCAAUGUUCAAUUUGUCUCUUAAAGAAGAAUGGAGCAAUACCAAGAAAUUUUGCUUUUCGCUUCAUGAUCAAGAUGAAGGUGAGUUUAUAACAAAUGGUCAUUCGAAGAAAAUUAUUAACGGAAAAGCCUAGAAAUUGUCCACCUAAAGAACUCGCAUUGUUUUUUGUAAUUCAUUUUGCCAUAGAAUCAAAUCAAGUGUAUCGUUUUUCAUCCUUUUUUCAAAUUUUACAUCUUAUCAGAAUGGUUUGUCAUUUAAAAAAUCAAGUUCAGUGACGUACCUUUGAAUGUGUUGUAUCUUUUUUUAAUGUGUUAUUUUUGAAUUUCCUUUUCUGUAACCAAUUUAGUCUAUUUUUAAAUUCUUAUGGUGUGUAUCAGACGCCAAUGUUCAGUUGUGUCAAUAAUAACAAAUAGGUACGUCGCUGAUCCACCGCUCUACCUCUGUAAAUUGAAUUCAUUGGUAAUAUUUGUAUUCUUUUCUAAUCUGCUCAAAUACAUUUUGCAACAGAGGAACACGUUAAGUAACUGGCUACAUAAACAAAUGUAUGUUGCAGUUUCUAAAUAAGUCAGGCAGUACAGUCAGGCAUCUAAAUUCAAUAACACUUAACUUAGUUGCCUACAAGAACGUGUAGCUGAGAACUAACAACUGUGUUACUUAUACCUUAACAAAACCUUAAGGCGAAGAAGCAUGCACUUGAUCGUACGUUCUGAAAUAAGAAAUAAAUAUUGUACCUACGCAAGCUUUAAUAUCGAAGCAGUUGAGGGAACAUUUUAGCCAAUGGCAAUAUUUUCGUAAAUUUUGAAGGCCAUAUUUACUAUAUUUCUAACUAGUCCAUGUACUUAAACAGGAGUUUUGUAUAUUAUAUUUUCGAUUAAAAAAAUUGUUUGAUUUGAAUGUAUUUUACAUGUUAGGAGUUAUUGCGAGUCAGAAUCUCUGAAAAGUUAUAAUCUGUAUCAUUGUAAAAGUAUUUGCAGCAUAUGAAUGGCUAAUAAACCUCAGUUUUAUACGUUUGCGAAAGGUCGUUUAUCAUUUCUAAUCAAGCAACAACAAAUACAAUCCUGAGAGGAAAUCGGAAACAAAACAUCCAUCUCUGUUAUAAAUGUAUUUUAUAUUAAAAUAUCAACCUUUUUCCUCAAGUGUGUAA